AUGGCAGGUCGAGGAGCUCGAACAGGCAUACAUGAAGGGCAGACGAAAAGCCAAGUGCCACAGCUCAAUGACCUUGCAAAGAAGGUCCAGCUCGACAGAAAGGACGUUCUGCAGUGGAUGAAGGACUUCAGCCAAAAACCUGAGAGGUGUGAUAUUGUGACCUGUAGAAUCUGGCCGUCCCAUGCAUGGCUGAGGAUUUGUAUUGUUUUGGCAAUGAUGAAACAUUUUGUACAAUGGGCACCCCCGAACCAUUUUGUUGGGAACAUUGUUAGCAGGGCAGAAGACGUUGCAGGACUCUAUUUAGUGUGGCAUGAGUAA